AUGAGGGAUAGUGAUGAUAAUAUUCAAAAUUACUACAGCAACUGGGUAGACAAUAAUGCCUCUUCCGAUCAUAAUAAUCGUUAUCAUGAAGGAAGCAGCACCAAUGCGAGAAUUUUUUCAUGCUUAGACCAAACCACAGACAACAAUUACAAUCUCCAUCUGCGUCCUCAGGGAGAUAGUCCGAUUGGUUUGAAUUUAAGGAAGUCAAAGUCUCUACUAAACUUGGUAGAAAUGACGUUAUCUAAGGAAAAGGAAAAAAAGUCUCAGCCUACUACAACUCCUGAGAAAUUGAAGGCUUCUAAUUUCCCUGCUCUUCUCUUGCAGAUCGGUUCUUGGAAGAGAAUUUCAAGAAACGAAGGAGAAUUAGUUGCCAAACUCUAUUAUGCAAAGAAAAAAUUAGUUUGGGAAUUUCUCGAUGGACCUCUAAAGAAUAAGAUCGAAAUACAAUGGUCAGAAAUCUCAGCCAUUAGAGCCUAUAUAUACGAAGGCCACCAUGGACGUCUAGAAAUCGAGUUAAACCAACCACCACAAUUCGGUCGAGAGAUCAAUCCCCAACCACGAAAACAUACACAAUGGAAACAAACUACAGAUUUUACUGAAGGCCAAGCAUCGGUUUAUAGACGACAUUCGGUCAUUUUUCCAGCCGGUGUUCUCGAUAAGCAUUAUGAGAAGCUUCUUCAAUGUGACAACAGGCUUUUCGAUUUGAGCAAGCAUCCUUUUCCAAUUAACAACUACCCAUAUUUUUAUCAUGACCCAAAUCAUUACGUACACUACUCAUGUGCAAAUGCUCAUAUUCAUCCAUACACUCACGCUGGAGAUCCUGAUUCCAAUUCCGUAACAUCAGUAGCACCAUUCCAGUAUAUCAAAGAAAGUUCAACAAGGCACACAAAUAAAAACCACGAAAGAGGAAGCAAUCAAUUUGAAUUGAUUAUUUCUGCAACUUCCACUGGAAUAGAAGAUCAAUUCAUACCAUAUCAUCGGCAGGAACCAUGGACUCAAGUUCGACAAACGACAUCGUUACAUGAGGAAAUUUAUUCAACUGGCAACGAAGUCAGCUAUGGAUACGGAACCGCAGAGUCCAAUUCUUGGGUAGGUAUGACAGAUGUCUAUGGACUUCCAUGGGAGCGUGGGAUGUACGAAAACCAAGACUAUGAUCCCAAUUGGACAUAGGCAAAUCACUUGUUUUAACAAGUGUAAAAAAAUGAGAGUGACAUUAGAUUCACGCUUCAAACUUUUCAGAGUGAGGAUUGUCUAUUUACUAUUACUAUUAUUUUUCUUUUUUUGGUGGUGGUUUUCUCACUUUUUUCAUUUUGUGGUUUGGUAACAAAUAAAACUAUGAUAAAGGGGUGUUAUUUUGA